AUGCAGUUUAACGGAAAAGGAUUUGGGGAAUCAUCCCUUCUUGCUGCCAGUGGUGACAGUGACUCCAUUAAAGUUUUUGUCCGAGUGCGACCUCUGACCCAGGGUACGGGGCUGACCACAGAUGGAGAUCAGAAUCUGUGUCUCUCCGUCACCUCGUCCAGCACCAUUCGUCUGCUCUCAAAACCAGAACCACGAACCUUCACUUAUGAUCACGUAGCUGACAUGGACACAUCUCAGGACUCUGUAUUUAACAGUGUAGCCAAGAAUAUUGUUGAGUCCUGCAUGAAUGGAUAUAAUGGCACUAUAUUUGCUUAUGGGCAAACAGGUUCAGGAAAAACAUUUACCAUGCUUGGACCGUCUGAGAUGGAUAACUUCACAGAUGAACUGAGAGGGGUUAUUCCACGAAGUUUUGAGUACCUGUUCUUUCUCAUCAACAGAGAAGUGGAGAGGUCUGGCAAGUCCAAGAGUUUCCUUUGCAAGUGUUCAUUUAUUGAGAUAUACAAUGAACAAAUAUAUGACCUCCUGGACACAGCUUCUGCCAGCCUUUUUCUUAGGGAAAACAUCAAGAAAGGCGUGUUUGUUGAAGGAGCUGUAGAGAAGUUUGUAAACUCGGCAGCUGAGGCUUACAAGGUGCUGUCUAUGGGCUGGCGUAAUCGGCGUGUGGCCUCCACCUCCAUGAAUCGUGAGUCUUCAAGAUCUCAUGCUGUGUUCACGAUGACGUUGGAGUCCAAAGAGUUUGUCAAUGAAGUGGUGAACAUCCGAAUGUCUCAGCUGAACCUGGUUGAUCUGGCUGGAUCUGAGCGACAGAAAGACACUCACACAGAUGGAUCAAGGCUCAAGGAGGCCAGCAGUAUCAAUCGCUCCCUCAUGUGUCUGGGUCAGGUAAUCAUGGCACUGGUGGACGUAUCUAAUGGGAAGCACCGCCACAUCUGCUACCGAGAUUCUAAACUCACCUUCUUGCUCAGGGACUCUCUUGGAGGAAAUGCAAAAACUUACAUUAUAGCUAAUGUCCAUCCUGGUUCAAGAUGUUUUGGAGAAACACUGUCCACAUUGCACUUUGCUCAAAGAGCAAAGUUAAUUAAAAAUAAGGCUGUUAUCAAUGAGGACACACAGGGAAAUGUGAAGCAGUUGCAGGCGGAGGUGAGAAAGCUGAAGGAGCAGCUUGCUCAGGCAUUGGUCUCUCAGCGAGUGGACUUUGAUAAAGACUCUGCACCAGGAGGACCUGAACCCCCCAUGGGUCAGUCCACUGAGCUUCAGGAUGAUGUUUCAUAUACAGCAAAGUUUAUGGGCGCUGUUCGUCUGUGGAAGAAGCAAGAGGAGGAGAAGAAGAUGCUGCUUAAGAAGGUGGCUCAACUCGAGGAGGCCUGGACACAGAAAGACAAGUUCAUCCACUCCAGCAGAAUGAUCAUCCGGUUUCGAGAAGAACACAUCUCUCGUCUUGAGAACAAGCUGAAGGCCGGACAAAGCUUCAUGUCUGAUAUGGAGUCUCAGGCUUUAAUUGAUCAGCUGAAAAAAGAGAUUAAGAUCUUGAGUGAUCAGGUUGAUCAUCAUCCAAAGAUGACUCGGUAUGCAGCAGAGAAUUACAGCCUCAGAGAAGAGAACCGUCUGUUACGGUCUCUUGAAUCUGUGAUGAAAGCUGAAGAAGUCUCCGCCCAAAUUUCUGCUGAGCUGGAAGAGGCCUUUCAGAGGGCACUGGAAUCAGAAAAACUCACAGGAAGUUCCACGGCCUCUUCUGUCCUGGGAACAGAAGCAGGGUCUGCAGCCGCAAUCGAAAAGCUGAACGCCAAACUGCUUCAGAAACAGUCAGACCUCACCGCUGCCCUCCAGGCCUUUGAGGAGUACAAAGACGUCACUAAAAAACAGCUAUCCCAGUUGGAGUCUGAGAAAAGAUACCUCGAGAAGUCCAACAGGCAUUUGGAAAAGAUUUUGGAAGCCACCCAUGCCUAUAAAAAACAAGAAGUCUCUGAACUUAACAGAAUUCAUGUUGAAACUAUAAAGAUUCUCACUACGCCUACAAAAGCGUACAACCUGCGGUCCCGCCUUGUGCCCCACGCCAGUCCAGAACACCUGAGUGAGAAUUGCAAUGACGGAGACAGCAUCUGGUCUGAGCAGCCUCCAGCUAACAUGAAUGAGAUGGCUUUGACAGAGGAGCUGUGCCAAGUGCAGGAUCAAGUGAGUCGAGUACACGCACAGUUAAACGAAGAGGAGCUGAAGAACAGCAAGUUGUUGCAGCAAAUUGCUAAACUUGAGGAGCAGAUUACCAUGUUGUCCCAAGAAUCUGACCACAAGGAUGAGCAACUUUCCACUGAAAGAGCCAGUAGAAAUAAAGACCAGCUUGCCUUUCAAGAGUCUGUGAACAGUCUGCAAGAAAAUCUCCUUUCUGAGCAGCAAGCUUCAGAAGUUCUAAGAACGGAGAUCCGAGACCUACGCUUGUUGCUGCAGUCAUCUGACAAAGAGCUGGCCUCUGUGAAAAACGAGCUAAGAGGCGGUGAGAGCGAACAUCAUCGAGAAAUAAGCGAGCUCUCCAGCAGUCUGAUCAGCACACGCCUCCAGCUCGAUAAAGUCCAGCUGGAGUGGGAGCAACUUCUGGAACAAAACCGAACUCUGCAGGAUUCCUUCGACCAGCUGCAGGCAGAGGCAAAGUUUGAGGCAGAUCAGGCAGGACAGCAACUGUGUGACAAGCAGCAGGAGAUUGAUCAGCUGAACGCAGAGGUCACGGAUUUUAAAAGUGCUCUGCAAACUGAACAAGGGCACACAAGCAGCCUGAUCUUCAAGUUACGAGAAAACCAAGAAAGCACAUCAAAAGAGCUUAUAGAGUCCAUGGAGCAGAACUCACAACUCAGAAAACAAGUCUCAGACCUGAAGACGCAAAAUCAACAGCAGUCAACUCAAAUUGCCGAUCUUGAGCAGAAUUUAACAGCUGCCACCAACAAACUCACAAGCUUGGAGCAGAAUAAUAAUCAGGACAAAGACGUUCUUUUAGACCUAAUGAGUCAAACCAAAGAGCUUCGUGCUGAGCUGAGCCAGAAAGAUGAGACCAUUAUUUACCUGGAUGGAGACAUCAAAGACAUCACAGCUAAAUACAAUGCUGCUUGCCAGGAGAAGGAAAACAUCCGUGAGCAAAACCAUCAAAUGCAGGCAGAAAUCUGUGAACUUAAAGAAACUUUAGAGAGAAAUGUGGCAUCUAACAAGAUUGAGGUUGAGGUGUUGCAGGAGGAGAUUGCAUAUGCAACUGAUGAGGUUGAGAGACUCACCAAGGUCUUAGAUGAGCAAAACUGCCUCCUGCAAGCAUCUCAAGAGCAAGCAGCCCAGAAGGACGUUGCCAUAAAGGACCUAGAGCAGAAGGUGAAAGAACAGCAAGAAGCGGUUGAGAAAAUGGUCAGAAAUGGAGGUGUCAACGCUGCUGAGCUGACUGUUACGCCUAAAUCAUUAAAUCGGACGCCUUGUGGCCUGGGCAGCUUUAACAGAAACCUGAAUGAGGUGUUUGAGAGCCAGGAGCAGGAGCUGGAGAACAGACGCUCCUCCAUGAUGACCAUGGAGAUCCUUCUAGUAGAGCUGAAUGCUGAGAGGACUGCCAAGAAUGAGGAAAUUCAGAGGCUCAAGGCUGAGCUGACUGAGAAAGAGGUGGUCCGAAUGGAAAUCCAGGGUUUGCUCGACACAUUUUACACCAAACAGAACCUGUUCAAACAGGCUGACAAUAACAGUGAGGACUUCAGUGAAGCAGUAAGUCAGACUUUGUUGAAAGAGCUGCAGGAGGAGAGAGCUGAGAAGAGCAAAACAACACAGAAGCUGUUCAAUACUCAGAAAAGACUGCAGGAGCAGGAAACUACGUUGGCCAAGUCCCAGACCUGCGUUCAAGAGCUGACCACUGAGCUGAGGAACCGCUGCCUGGAGCUGAGAGAGCUGAACCAAAGGAUUUUUGAUGAGGAGAAACUACUCCAGGAGAACGAGGUGCUCCGCAAGCAGAAUAUAAAACUUUCAGAGGAGAAUGGAAAGCUUGUCGGACACAAGAACCACAAACAAAGGAUUGAAUACCUGGUUAAACUGAAAAAGGACAACACGAGACUUCAUGAGGAAAACGAGAAGCUCCGAACAGAGAUCAGCUUAAUGCGAGACAGCAGUGUUUGCCAGCCGCUGGAGACAAUAUAAACCGCUCACUUGGAACUGAAAUGGCUACUCAUCCUUAUACAUAUAUUUUUUUACUUUGUAUAUGAAAUAGUAUUUGUUGUUAUCUUUUUUCAAUGUGCCUCAAAAUUUCACUCAUAAGUAAACUCAUCACUUGUUAAUGUCAGCAGUAAUAGUUAUUGUUCUUCGUUUUUGAUAG